AUGGCAAAACGCAGAGGUACUGCUUCCAAGUCAGAGGCGAAUUCUCUGCAGCCCCGCACGAAAACCUACGAGUGGGGCGGCCCGGUGGGAGCCCUCUUCAUGGUUGCUUUUCUCCCCACACUGGUGGUAGCGCUGAACAGCCUGUGCGCUGGGGAGCAGUGCAGCCUCAUGCAGGCAAUGCGGCUGCCUGCACUGAUGAAGGAGGUGGUGCAGAGCGCGCGGCCGAUGCUGCGGACGGCGAUCGGCAUCGAGCUUGUGUGGAUCGCCGCUCACGCCGUAUUUUCCAUCCUCCCUAUUGGCAAACUCGUCCACGGCAGCGAGCUCCGCAGCGGCGAGCGACUUUCCUACCGCAUGAACGCCAUCCACGCCUUCGUUGUCGCGCACCUCGUGCUCUUUGGCCUGCACUUCACCUCCACCCUCAACAUGGCUGUUGUGGCCGACCUUUACCACCCCCUCAUGAUCGGCGCCAUUCUUAUCUCGUUUGCCAUGUCGGUCGUGCUGUACGCGGCGUCGUACCGCAGUCGCAACGUACUCACGGCUCUCGGUGGCAACACCGGGAGCGUUCUGUAUGACUUUUGGGUCGGCCGCGAGCUGAACCCGCGCACCGGUCCGCUGGACUGGAAGCUGAUGUGCGAACUGCGUCCCGGCCUCAUUGGCUGGAGCAUUCUCAACUGGGCAUUCGUGUGCAAGUCGGCCGAGCUGGGUACCGUGACGCCGAGCAUCGUGCUCACCGCACUUUUCGAGUCUUUCUACGUCCUGGAUGGCCUGCUGCUGGAGGCGGGAAAUCUCAGCAUGAUGGACAUUGUGACGGACGGCUUUGGCUUUAUGCUGUGCUUUGGCGACCUUGCGUGGGUACCGUUUACGUACACGCUGCAGACGAAGUACCUCGUCCACCACCCCGCGCACCUCUCGCUCGUGCAUCUGUCCCUGUGCGCUUCCCUUACUGCCGCCGGGUACCUGAUCUUCCGCAAUGCGAACACGGAAAAGGACCGCUUCCGAAAAAAUCCGCAGGACCCGCGCGUGCAGCACCUGCGCGUCAUGAAGACCUCCAAAGGCAAGUCCCUCAUCAUCUCCGGCUACUGGGGCGUGUGCCGGCACCCAAACUACGUUGGUGACUGGCUGAUGGCGCUCGGCUGGGCGGCGUUUAGCGGCACGGCAGAGUUGCUGCCGUACUUUCAUCCUGUUUACUUUGGCCUCCUCCUCAUGCACCGUCAGCUGCGUGAUGAGCAGCAGAUGCGAGAGAAGUACGGCAAGGAGGACUGGAACGCGUUCUGCCGCGUCGUCAAGUAUCGGCUGUUCCCGUACAUAUACUAG